AUGCCGCUGCACUCCAUGCUCACCGUCCGUGUCCGACGUCACCACAGCCGGCUGCACUCCACCCUGUCAGUGCCGUCUGUGUCUGACAUCACCACAGCUUUCUGCACUCCACGCUGCCAGCACCGUCCGCGUCCAACACACCACAGCCCACCGGACUCCACACUGUCAGCACCGUCCGCGUCCGACGUCAGCACAUGCCGCUGCACUCCACUCUCCCGCUGCGCUCCACGCAGUCAGCACCGUCCGGGUCUGACAUCACCACAGCCCGCUGGACUCCACGCUGUCAGCACCGUCCGCGUCCGACGUCACGACAGCCUGCUGGACUCAACGCUGUCAGCACCGUUCGUGUCCGACGUCACCAACGCCCACUGCAAUCCACGCUGCCAGCGCCGUCCGUGUCCGACGUCACCACAGCCCGCUGCUCUUUACGCUGUGUGCACCGUCCGCGUCCGACGUCACAACAGCCCGCUGCACUCCACGCUGUCAGCACCGUCCGUUUCCGAAGUCACCACAGCCUGCUGGACUCCACGCUGUCAGCAGCGUCCGUGUCCGACGUCACCACAGCCCGCUGCACCCCACGCUGUCAGCACCGUCCGCUUCCGACGUCACCACAGCCCGCUGGACUCCAAUCUGUCACCAACGUCCGCUUCCGACGUCAACACAGCCCACUGGACUCCACGCUGUCAGCACCGUCCACGUCCGACGUCACCACAGACCGCUGCACUCCACGGUGUCAGCGCCGUCCGUAUCCGACGUCACCACAGCCCGCUGGACUCCAGGCUGUCAGCACCGUCCUCGUUUGAUGUCACCACAGCCCGCUGCACUCCACGCUGUGAGCACCGUCCGCGUCCAUCGCCACAACAGCCCGUUGGACUCCAUGCUGUGAGCACCAUCCGUGUCCGAUGUCACCACAGCCCGCUGCACUCCACGCUGUCAGCGUCGUACAGCCCGCUGCACACCACGCUGUCAGCACCGUCCGCGUCCGACGUCACCACAGCCCGCUGGGCACCACGCUGUCAGCACCGUCCGCGUCCGAUGUCUUCACAGCCCACAGGACUCCACACUGUCAGCACCGUCCGCGUCCGACGUCACCACAGCCAGCUGCACUCCAUGCUGCCAUCACCGUCCGGGUCCAACUUCACCACAGCCGGCUGCACUCCACGCUGUGAGCACCGCCCGCGUCCGACGUCACCACAGCCCGCCGCACUACACGCUGUCAGCACCGUCCGUGUCCGACGCCACCACAGCCCGCUGCACUCCACGCUGUCAGCACCAUCCAUGUCCGACGUCACCACAGCCCGCUACACUCCACGCUGUCAGUGCCGGCUGUGUCCGGCGUCACCCCCACCCGCUGCAAUCCUCGCUCCCGCUGCACUCCACGCUGUCAGCACCGCCCCGUCGACAUCACCACAGCCUGCAGCACUCCACACUGUGAGAACCGUGCGUGUCCGACGUCACCACAGCCCGCUGCACCCCACUCUGUCAUCACCGUCCGCCUCCCACGUCACCACAGCCCCCUGGACUCCACGCCGUCAGCACCGUCCGUGUCCGACGUCACCACAGCCCGCUGCAAUCCACGCUGUCAGCACAGUCCGUGUCCGAUUUCACCACAGCCCGCUGGACUCCAUGCUGUCAGCACCGUCCGAGUCCGAAGGCACCGCAGCUUGCUGGACUCCACCCUGUCAGUGCCGCCUGUGUCCGACGUCACCACAGCCCGUGCACUCCACGCUGUCAGCACAGUCCGCAUCCGACACCUUCACAGCCCACAGGACUCCACACUGUCAGCACCGCCCUCGUCCGACGUUACCACAGCCCGCUGUACUCCACACUGUGAGCGCCAUCGGUGACCGAUGUCACCACAGCGCGCUUCUCUCCACGCUGUGUGCACCGUCAACGUCCGACGUCACCACAGCCCGCUGGACUCCACUCUGUCAGCUCCGUCCGUGUCUGACGUCACCACAGCCUGCUGCACUCCACGGUGUCAGCGUCUUCCGUGUCCGUAGUCACCACAGCCCGUUGGACUCCACGCUGUCAGCACUGUCCGCGUCCGACGUCACAACAGCACGCUGCACUCCACGCUGUGAGCACCGUCCGCGUCCGACGUCACCACUGCCCGCUGGACUCCACGCUGUCAGCACCGACCGUGUCCGACGUCUCCACAGCUUGCUGUACUCCACCGUAUCAGUGCCGUCUGUGUCCGACGUCACCACAGCCCGCUGUGCUCCACGCAGUCAGCACCGUCCGGGUCUAACAUCACCACAGCCCGCUGGGCUCCACGCUGUCAGCACCGUCCGCGUCCGACGUCACGACAGCCUGCUGGACUCGCCGCUGUCAGCACCGCUCGUGUCCGACGUCACCACAGCCCGCUGCUCUUUACGAUGUGUGCACCGUCCGCGUCCGACGUCACCACAGCCCGCUGCAUUCCACGCUGUCAGCACCGUCCAUGUCCGAAGUCACCACAGCCUGCUGGACUCCACGCUGUCAGCAGCGUCCGUGUCCGACGUCACCACAGCCCGCUGCACCCCACGAUUGCUGUCUGUGUCCGACGUCACUACAGCCCACUGCACUCCACGCUGUCAGCGCCGUCCGUGUCCGUCGUCACCACAGCCCGCUGCUCUCCACGCUGUGUGCACCGUCCGCGUCCGACGUCACCACAGCCCGCAGCACUCCACGCUGUCAGCACAGUCCGUGUCCGACGUCACCACAGCCUGCUGGACUCCUCGCUGUCAGCACAAUCCGGGUCUGACAUCACCACAGCCCGCAGCACUCCACGCUGUCAGCAGCUUGAGCGUCCGACGUCACCAAAUCCCGCUGGACUCCACGCUGUCAGCACCGUUUAUGUCCGACAUCACAACAGCCCGCUGCACUCCACGCUGUCAGCACCGUCCACGUCCGACGUCACCACAGCCCACUGCACUCCACGCUGUGAGCACCGCCCGCGUCCGACGUCGCCACAGACUGGUGCACUCCACGCUGUCAGCACCGUCCGUGUCUGACAUCACCACAGCCGGCUCGAUUCCACGCUGUCAGCACCGUCCGUGUCCAACGUCACCACUGAAUGCAGCAGUCCACGCUGUGAGCAUCGUUCAUGUCCGACGUAACCACACCCCGCUGCACUCCAUGCUGUCAGCACCGACCCCGUCCGACAUCACCACAGCCUGCAGCACUCCACGCUGUGAGCACCGUCCGUGUCUGACGUCACCACAGCCCGCUGCACUCCACUCUGUCAUCACCGUCCGCUUCCGACGUCACCACAGCCGCCUGGACUCCACGCUGUCAGCACCGUCCGUGUACGGCGUCACCACAGCCCGCUGCACUCCACGCUGUCAGCACCGUCCGCGUCCGACGUCUUCACAGCCCUCAGGACUCCACACUGUCAGCACCGUCCGCGUCCGACGUCACCACAGCCAGCAGCAUUCCACGCUCCCGCUGCACUCCACGCUGUCAGCACCGUACGGUUCUCACAUCACCACAGCCCGCUGCACACCACGCUGUCAGCACCGCCUGCGUCCGACGUCACCACAGCCCGCUGGACUCCAAUCUGUCACCAACGUCCGCUUCCGACGUCAACACAGCCCACUGGACUCCACGCUGCCAGCACCGUCCACGUCCGACGUCACCACAGACCGCUGCACUCUACGUUGUCAGCGCCUUCCGUAUCCGACGUCACCACAGCCCGCUGGACUCCAGGCUGUCAGCACCGUCCUCCCCGCUGCACUCCACUCUGUCAGCACCAUCCGUUUCCGACGUCACCACAGCCGCCUGGACUCCACGCUGUCAGGACCGUCCGUGUCCGAUGUCACCACAGCCCGCUGCAAUCCACGCUGUCAGCACGGUCCGCGUCCGAUGUCACCACAGCCCGUUGCACUCCACGCUGUCAGUACCGUCCACGUCCGACGUCAACACAGCCCACUGGACUCCACGCUGUCAGCACCGUCCACGUCCGACGUCACCACAGACCGCUGCACUCCACGCUGUCAGUGCCGUCCGUAUCCGACGUCACCACAGCCCGCUGGACUCCUGGCUGUCUGCACCGUCCUCGUUUGA